AUGCACUUUCAACGGAGCUGCACAAGACCCGUUCCGCGCCGCGCAGCAUCAUCAGAGUUAGAGGCAGGGGACGGGCUCCCGGGGGGCGCGGAGCGGAGCGGGGGGCGCAGCCGGGGCCGCCACCUCCCGCCGCGGGGGCUGCAAGGGCCCCGGCCCCGGGGGGGCGAGGAGCGCUCCCGAGGGGCCGGCGGAGACCCCGCGCCCGCCGGAGCACCCCGCGGCCUCUCCCAGGGAACGGUGAAGCUUUUGUGUCGAGCUGUUUAUUCACUCGUCCAAGGACCAAGGGGGAAUUUGAGGACGGGAGAAAGGAGGGGUCAGGGCUUAAUGGGUUCCCGGGAAAAUCACUGCCGGGCCCGUAGGAGGAGUGUCUCGGGGCACCAUCCCGCAGCUCCUGCCGAAGUUUCCCUCUCGCUGGCAGCAGCCCAGAUGCGCGCUCAUCCCGGCCACAGCCCGGCAUCGCGCCGGAGGCAGCGCCGUGACCCGCCGCCGGCGGCCCGGGCUGGGACCCCUCGCUGCCUAUCCCGGCAGCCGCGGCACGGGGCGAGCAGAGAACGGAGGCCGGCCGGCCGUCCUGCUCGCUCGGAGAACACGCCAGCCCGCCAGCCGGCUAAGUCACCUCCAGGCGUGCGGAGCAGCCCCCGGUGCUGGCCGGGCCCGGCGCCCCGCGCCCGGUUCGGACCCUCGGUCCCGCCGCCGCCGCCUCGCGCGCGGCUCCCCGGCACCGGCGGCAACCCGACACCGCCGCGCGCUCAUUGGGCGGCACCGCCGACCCCGCCCCCCCGGUCGCCACGACUCAGACGCCGGCUCGGCCCGCCGGGCGCCGAGGAUCGCUGCUGUUUGGCCGAGAGCGGCUGUCAGUCAGGUUGA